UAACAAAAAAUAACAAGCAAACAGCUGGCCAACAUUCAAGAGAUUUGUCUGCUGCAGGUAUCGCCAGAAGAAAAAGAGAAAACAGAUUUUUUUGUGUGUGGUGUGUGGAUGGUCUGUCCGUAAAAGCGGUAAGCGGCGAACGUCCCCGUUAUGAAAAAUUGCUUGGGAAGUCCUCGGCGUUGUCAUAAUUGCGAUUGCAACCUUGCAAAUAGGAGCAACACUGACAUUAUUGUGGCGUCACAGACGCGCCGAUAAUAUCCUGUUGUGUGGAGCUUGGAAAAUCUGUGCCGCUUCACCUUUUCUGACUUUUGCUGUUACCCAUAACAACCAGAGAUGAACGGAGAAUGGUUCAGAACAAAGGGGGUGGUCGCCGCUGCUGUCGGGGCUGGAAUUUUAAUCGGCGCCGCUGGGAUUUUGCUUUUCCAGCAGAUGAUGGCCGAGAAGAAGAGGCUGGACAAAGUUGCGUCCAGCGUGUCCCUCCUCAGAAGAGAACUUGAGACACUUAAGAGUGAGUCCAGACCAUUAGGUGGUUCAUCAAGAAGUCGACACAGAAGUGAAGCUCGCAGUCUCUCAGAUGUGGACAUGUUCUCGACUGUCAGCAAGCUUGACGAGGAUGAUGAGGAGAGUGAAUUCUUUGACAUCUCCGAUGAUGAAAUGAUCAUCCAGAUCUCUGGGGACGCGGGAGAAAACGACAUCAUUAUGGAAAGUGAACCUUUAGACGAGCUACUGCUACAGGUUGACACACUUUUCAAUGGAACCUCAGAAGACAAAUUCCUGGCCUAUCAGAUUCUGCAUGAAAGGAGAAAUAAGGAAAAACGCCCGCCCGUCAACCUACUUUGGCGUAUUUCAAAAGCCUGUCAUUUUAUGAGCAGCAUCCAGGCAGACAAAAAGAAGGACUUCAUAUUUGAAGGUCUCGAGUAUGCAAAGCAAGCACUCGCAUUGGACGACACCAACGCUGAUUGUCACAAAUGGUAUGCCAUAACUUUAGGCAGCUCCGGAGACUUCCUGCCCAUCAAAGAAAAAAUUGGCAAUGGGUUCGUCUUCAAAACACAUGUGGACAAAGCCAUCUCUCUCAGACCGACAGACUUUUCUCUUUAUCAUUUGCUAGGAAGAUUCGAAUUUGAGGUUGCAAACCUCUCCUGGCUGGAAAGGAGUGUUGCCUCUAGCUUAUUCCAAGCACCUCCGUCGGGAACAUUUGACAGCGCCUUGCAACACUUCCUUAAGGCUGAUGAACUUCGGGGCGAGUCAAACCCUUGGAAGGAGAACAAACUUUUCAUUGCCAAGUGCCACAUCCAACUGAACAAUUUAGCUGAAGCUGUGAGGUGGCUUGAUAGUGCGACUGCUGUGUCAAACACUAGUGCGGAGGAUGUGGAGAGUGACAAGGAAAUCCAUGGGCUGCUCACUAAAUACGAAGGCUACAGAAGAGUAUAAAGACGUCAAGUCCUAUCCUGCCUCACAAAAAUUGAUCUUGGAAAUUUGUUGCUAUGACAAGCAUUUAAUUGAGUGCAUUGACAUUCAUGUCAGCUAUAUGUAGCUAGUGUCUCAUAUGAGAGAUAUAUAUAUUGGAACUUGGAACAAGAAACAAACAUGAUUGUGGGUAAUAUGAUAAUUUUUCACAGCAAGUGAAUAUGUAACUUGCAAAAAAUAAUGAAAUUGUUUUAGUUGUUUCAAACGAGUGACUUAAUAAUAUAUUGAUUCCAUACAAAAAUUUGUUAAUUAUCCACACUAAAUGUCAUAUUUCAAGAUUACCUCCAAUGUGGUUAAUCAGCUUAAUACUCUGCAACUUUGGCUUAUUAAUCAAUAAUCUUUGCAAAAUGUUAAGUAAUCUAAGAAAUCAUGACACACAAUUAUCAUUUAACUGAAUUCUGAAUUUAAUUCACAAUUUGCAGAAGUUCCUUUUACAAAGCACUAGCGUUAAAAUUGAUUAAGUUGCAUGGGUUGCAAAUUUUGCUCAAUUAAUUUGUAAGCAGUGCUGCGUUUUUAUCUUCCUGAAGAAGCUGGUGUCUGUUUUUGUUGUUUUUGGUUGAUAAAUUUAGUGCUGCUAUAACCAUUUUAGGUGUACACAUAUAUUAUUAAAUAUUUUUAUUUUUUACAAUAAAAACACUACUUUUUUACUUGCGAAUUAACUUCAAUAUUAUAAUACCCCCCUUCACCGCCCAUCACCAAAAUCUGCAUCCCUUUUUUUUUAAAAAAAAAGCUGC